CAAAUCAUACAUAUUACUUUAUGUCGAGAAACAUACAACUAUAAGCUCACCUUUCCAGUGGUCCCUCCCAUAAGGAGGAGGAAUAUAAAAGCUGUCACUUGCUGCCUGUUACAUCACAACAGACACAUGCACUUACUUUUCCAGUGAAUGGCAGCAACAAUUGAUCCUAAGUAUUUCUGCAUUAGAACAGAGAACUUCUAUGAUAAUUCUUAUGGGACUUUCAACUUUAAUAAACAUAAUUCGAUUGAUCUGUAUGGGGCAGUACUAACAAAUAAGUCACUUUCAGAUUCGGAUCUUGUUCUUAUCUUAAUUGUCGAUAUCGUCGUCACCAUUGUAACAUUACAAUGAUAAGCAUUGCUUUGAUCUGGGGAGUAGUAGUUGGAUUUUGUUGCCUUUUGUGGCUUGCUCUGGGCAUAAGACGCAGGCAAGCUGGUGAGCCUGUCAUUGAAAAUGGUUUUAUUCCCUACCUGGGCUGUGCUUUGCAAUUUGGGGCAAACCCUCUUCAGUUCCUCCGCAGCCGGCAGAAGAUGUAUGGUCAUAUUUUCACCUGCAAGAUAGCAGGCCAAUACAUCCACUUCCUGUGUGACCCCUUCUCCUACCACUCAGUCAUCAGACAAGGAAGACACCUUGAUUGGACAAAAUUUCAUUUUGCUACAUCUGUUAAGGCAUUUGGUCAUGACAGCUUUGACCCUCGUCAUGGCUACACCACAGAAAACCUUCACCAAACCUUUCUGAAGACGCUGCAGGGGGAAGCUCUGCCCUCCCUGAUAGAAACUAUGAUGGGCCACUUGCAAGAUGUCAUGCUUAAGUCAGACAGACUUAGUCCAAGUGAAGAUCAGUGGCAGGUGGACGGGAUCUUUGCCUUCUGCUACAAGGUAAUGUUUGAAGCUGGCUACCUGACUCUGUUUGGUAAGGAGCUUGGAGAAGACAAAUGUCACAUCAGACAGGCUGCACAGAAAGCGUUGGUCCUCAACACUUUGGAGAACUUCAAGGAGUUUGACAAGAUAUUUCCUGCUCUUGUAGCUGGUCUGCCCAUCCAUGUUUUCAAGAGUGCCUACAGUGCCAGAGAGAACCUAGCAAAGACGAUGCAUGCAGAAAACCUGUCCAAGAGGCACAACAUGUCUGACUUGAUCUCCAUGAGGAUGAUACUAAAUGACUCCUUGUCUACAUUUAAUGAUGUGAGCAAAGCUAGAACCCAUGUUGCCUUGCUUUGGGCUUCACAGGCUAACACACUGCCUGCUACAUUCUGGAGUCUAUUUUAUAUGAUUAGGAGUCCAGAUGCUAUGAAAGCAGCUCAAAAAGAAGUCCGGAAAGUUCUGAAGGAUUCGGGUUUGACGAUGGACCCUGGUGAGCCAAACAUGCUCAACCUGAGCAGAGACCAGUUAGACAACAUGCCUGUUUUGGACAGCAUCAUGAAAGAAGCCAUGCGGCUUUCCAGUGCCUCUUUGAAUAUUCGGGUUGCCAAAGAGGACUUCCUGCUUCACCUUGACAACCAAGAAGCUUACCGCAUUAGGAAAGAUGAUGUCAUAGCCCUGUAUCCACCCAUGGUGCAUUAUGAUCCAGAAAUCUAUGAAGAUCCUUAUGAGUACAAGUUUGACCGUUUCCUGGAUGAGAAAGGUCAGGAGAAAACCAUAUUUUACCGCAACGGGCGGCGGCUGCGUUACUUCUACAUGCCCUUUGGCUCGGGGGUCACAAAAUGCCCUGGAAGAUUUUUUGCUGUGUAUGAGAUCAAGCAGUUUCUAACUCUGAUGCUGUCCUACUUUGACCUGGAAUUAUUAGACCCUGCAAUCAGAGUUCCUCCUUUAGACCAGUCCCGUGCCGGUCUGGGAAUUCUCCAACCUACAUAUGAUGUGGACUUUAGAUAUAAGAGGAAGGAGAACCACUAAACCCAGUGCUUACCGGGCUGAUUGACUGAAUUACUUACUGUAGAUAAUGUAAAUUUUACAGUACAAUAGGAUAUCUGUGUAAAUAGACUAAAUUAUUUUUCAAUGUCCUGUUUCUUUUAUAAAAUCAGGUUGUAGAAGAUAAGCUGCAUGGAAUCAUUAGAAAUGAUCACAUAUUUCCAGAUCUUUACUGGCAUUCUGUCAUAUUCAAUACUUCUCAGAGCCAUGUACACUAAAUAGUUAUAAACAGUACUUGCAAACUCAACACAUCAUGAACUUUAAAUGUGCAGGUUAAGAAAAAUCAAAAGAAAUAAUAAAGGCACAUUAGCAAAAUCACACAUAAGUAUUAAUUAAAAUUUGAUUACAUUUAUUGAUUUUCCUGUGAUUUAUGUCACUGCAUGAGCAAAUGCCAGACCUGCAAACUCCAAACAACGGUCAUGGGUUGUGGUUUCUUAUUUGGGCUCAGAAAUAAACAUAUAAUCAGCCCCAGAAUUUGACUGACAGGUAGUUUUAGUCAGACUGUCCAUCAUUUCCCUGAUGGUUCGUCCUGUUGUGUCUUUGUUAAAGUCAAAGUUAUAUAUUUGCUGUGAAAACGGCAAACAUCAAGACUAAUAUGGACAGCACAAUAAAAGUGAAAACAGCCACAAAUGAACAAGUUCGUAAAUUUGCACCAUUACUCUAAUCAUUAAUAUUGAGAUAAGUGCCACAAAUCACAAAAAGAAAAAUUACUUUUUCUUUUUUGGACCGUUGUAACCAUUAAACCAAGUGUCCUUCAGUAAGUAUUGGUAAAGCUCCAUGUCAUUUUUGCAUUUAGGGUUGUCAGCAGAUGCUGAAAGUAACUAAUAAAGUAACUUGUAAUCUAAUGUUAUUUUCCAAAUCAAGUAGUAAUUUAAGUUACUUUUUCAAAGUAACUUUUAUCAUUGGUCAUAAGUCUAAAUAUGAUUAAAUUUAAAUAAGAUUUUUAAAGUAAUUUAUUGUGAU